ACAUCACCUCAGCAAGGCUUUUCGGGAACGUACGGGAACAGGGUACACUUGAUCCGUCGCCGAUCGAAGAUCAGGAAGGUGAGGCAGGAUCUCGCAAUGUCGACUGCAGGCGAGACGCUAUCCAGUAGUUUGCAUACAGAAACAAUGGACUCGGAUCCCGAAUACAAAUCUCUUCUUGGUAAAUUAGAAAACGAAUAUAGAAUCAAGAUUAAUGAGUUUCUUGGGAAAGGCUCGUACUCACAAGUGAUGAAAGGACUAUCAGAUAACAAAUUCAAUAUUGCUGUUAAAAUAAUUGACACGAGAGUACCGUCCGAAUAUGUACGGCGUUUUUUACCACGAGAAAUGGCCCUAGUGCGGAAUCUGCAACACGAGUGUGUUCUUCGAGUCUAUCAGAUAGUCAGCAUCAGCCACUAUGUGAUAUUCAUCACAGAAUAUUGUGAUGGCGGUGAUCUCCUUCAGAAAAUAAAGAAAAUGAAAAGAGUCCCAGAAAAUGAGGCCAAACUUAUUUUUCGACAACUCAUCGAGGCGCUUAUUUAUUUGCAACGUUGCAAUAUCGUCCAUCGUGAUCUGAAGUGUGAAAAUGUGCUGCUGGAUCGAGUUGAAAAUGUAAAGUUGGGAGACUUCGGUUUUGCUCGUUAUCUGAGACCGAACGAAAAGGCGAACACAUUUUGUGGAAGCAGAGCAUACGUAGCACCAGAAAUACUCAGAGCCAUCGCUUACAGUGGACAAACAGUCGAUAUAUGGAGCGCCGGAGUUGUCCUUUAUGUGAUGGUUACGGGAGUCAUGCCAUAUGAUGACAGAAAUCCACAAAAAAUGGUAGAGAGACAACUAGGUCAUAAAAUAAGGUUCCCGAAAAUAACACUCUCUGUCCACGUCAAGACUCUGAUAUACGAAAUUCUUCAUCCGUUUCCGCCAUCUCGACCAUCAUACAGAGCUAUUUGCGCCAGUGAUUGGUUGAAGGAUACUCCAUAUAUAUUCAAAGGUAGAGAAUCUAGCACUCAGAGUCAGCAGGACCAGCCAUCACAGUCAAACAAGUCAAUUCGCUAAAAUCAUUGCUGUGCCACCACCAACUUAGCUUUCAGAUAUUGAGCAAUAUUGUCAUACAAUGUACGGUGUCUCUUGAAUGAAUUUCCAUGGU